AUGGACCGGAGCAGAUCCCCGAAAAGAAGAAGAAAAGUGGAGAAAAAUAACAAAGAGAUAAAGAAACGAAGACUGUCGCCCUCGAGUUCGUCGUCGUCGUCUUCUUCGUCUUCAACUCGGGGCAAAUCCAAGAAAAAAGCACACAAAAGUCCAGGGGUAAAAACGCAUACCAAGAAGCGAAGACGACACUCCUCUUCGUCUUCCUCCUCAUCUUCGUCUUCCUCCUCUUCCUCCUCGUCUUCAAGUGACGAAAGGAGGAAAAAGAAGAAAGCCAAGAAAUCCAAAAAGAAGAAGAAAAAAAAGGCCAAGCUGAGGAAGAAGAAGAACAAAGAGGAGUAUGACGCCCGACAAAGCGUCAUCCGCAAGGUGCUGGACCCCGAAACGGGGCGCACCAGGCUGGUGCGUGGCGAAGGCGAGAUCAUCGAGGAGAUUGUCAGCAAGGACAAACACAAAGACAUUAACAAGCAAGCCACCAGGGGGGACGGCAGCACCUUCCAGAGAACACUAGGACUCAACAGAUAG